ACAAAAUUCGAAGUUAAUCGAUUAUUCGAUUUCAUUCGAACUUAAAAGUUAUAUUUUUGGCAUUAAACGUUGCGCGCGUCGUCAAUUCGGUUGUGUCUGUUGCCUCUGCAUAAUCAUUUCAAUCACAAGUACAACAUGUCAAAGCCUGCGUACAAAGUUGCCGAUAUCAGUCUCGCCGAAUGGGGACGCAAGGCGAUCAUCAUUGCGGAGAAUGAGAUGCCCGGUCUGAUGGCGUGCCGCAAGAAGUACGGACCAUCCAAGAUCCUGAAGGGCGCCCGCAUCACCGGCUGCCUCCACAUGACCGUCCAGACGGCCGUGCUCAUCGAAACCCUUGUCGAGCUGGGCGCUGAGGUUCAAUGGUCCAGCUGCAACAUAUUCAGCACACAGGAUCACGCUGCUGCCGCAAUUGCUGCCACCGGUGUGCCUGUCUAUGCGUGGAAGGGCGAAACCGAUGAGGAAUACUUGUGGUGCAUUGAGCAGACCUUGGUCUUUCCCGAUGGCCAGCCCCUGAACAUGAUUCUCGAUGAUGGCGGUGAUUUGACCAAUUUGGUGCACGAACGUUUCCCCGAUUACCUCAAGGGCAUCAAGGGACUCAGCGAGGAGACCACCACUGGUGUCCACAAUCUGUACAAAAUGUUCAAGGAGGGACGCUUGGGUGUGCCCGCUAUCAAUGUGAACGAUUCGGUCACCAAGAGCAAAUUCGAUAAUCUCUAUGGCUGUCGCGAAUCGCUGAUCGAUGGCAUCAAGCGGGCCACGGAUGUGAUGAUCGCUGGCAAGGUUUGCUGCGUCGCUGGCUACGGUGAUGUGGGCAAGGGUUGCGCCCAGGCUUUGAAGGGCUUUGGCGGUCGUGUGAUUGUCACCGAAAUCGAUCCGAUCAAUGCGCUGCAGGCAGCCAUGGAAGGCUAUGAGGUGACCACCAUGGAGGAGGCCAGCAAGGAGGCUUCCAUCUAUGUGACAACAACUGGUUGUCGUGACAUCAUCACCGCCGAGCAUCUCUUGAAUAUGCCCGACGAUUCGAUUGUGUGCAACAUUGGACACUUUGAUUGCGAAAUCGAUGUCGAUUGGCUGAACAACAAUGCCAAGGAGAAGGUGAAUGUGAAGCCACAAGUGGAUCGCUAUACAAUGGCCAAUGGUCGUCACAUCAUUCUGCUCGCCGAGGGACGUCUGGUGAACUUGGGCUGUGCUCAUGGUCAUCCCAGUUUUGUCAUGUCCAAUUCGUUCACCAACCAAGUGCUCGCCCAAAUCGAGCUGUGGACCAAGUCCGCGCAGUAUGCCGUUGGUGUCCAUGUGCUGCCCAAGCUGCUCGACGAGGAGGUGGCCAGUCUGCAUCUGGAGAAGUUGGGCGUCAAGCUCACCAAGUUGUCGGAGAAGCAGGCCGCUUAUUUGGGUGUGCCCCAGACGGGUCCCUUCAAGCCCGAUCACUACAGAUACUAGACAGUAGUUGCUGUUCAAAUAUGUUAACUGCAUGUUCUUUUGCAUUUUCUUAAGCUUUAAUAAAAAACAAAACAAAUAUAAUUGGAUGUGAUUUAAA